GUUAGUGUUUCUUUUUUAAGUAUUUGAGAUAUAUUUUUAAAGCUUUAUGCGCAUGAGGGUUUGCGUACUUGUAUAUAUGUGCAUCAGUUAUAUGCCUGAUACAGUGCGAAUCUUGCAGAAAGCCUGAGACCCCCUGGGACAGGAGGUAUAGACAGUUGCAAGCUGUCCUGUGGGUGCUGGGAACUAAACCCAAAUCCCCAAGAGCAGGAAGUGGUCUUAAGUACUGAGCCAUCUCUACAGCUCCUAAAUAUAAUGAUUUCUAAUCUCCCUAGUUCAAGGAAGUCUCUCUCAGACUGUAAAUAUUGCAUUCUCCAUUACAGAUGUCAAUGCAUACAAGGUAGUAGGAGCUUGGGCUAUUUUAAAGAGAAAUAUCUAAAGUGGUUAAUUUCAGUCUGUAGCCAACCAGGCACUCUAACAUGUGUUAUUUGCUACAGACACAAAUAAUGUUUUUGCCCAAUCUAAAAGAAUUAUUAGUUUUACUCCUGCAAAAAUUAAAGGCGGUAUCUUUGUACAAAUCCUCUAAAGUAAUGUUCCUUGCAUACUUUAUAUAAGUUAACAGAAACAUGCAAGUAAAUCUCAGGAUGUCAUGUGGUUGGUGGAUUUCUAGUAAACACUGGAGGGAUUUUUAAAAAUAUCUUUGGUCAGUUGUGUGUGAUUCAAAAAAGCACAAACAGGUACGUGAAACCGAAGGCUGUUCUCCUUUGGAACUCCAAACUGACAAUUUCUGUGACUUUAUUUUCGGCAGUAAGUAAAAAUUAGGGGACUAACAAACACAAUUUAGGAUUGUAACCUUGAGUCGCUGCGGCCAGAGGGCGGUGGAUUGGCCGCUCCACCAAUCACAGCCCAGCACCGCCUUAUAUAAACCCGGGGCCUGAGCAAAGCAGCAUUGCACAGUUUGCUCUUCUUGUUAGGUUUUCUUUUCUACCAGCUAAUAGCUUUUAUUCUCGCCAUGUCUGAAACUGCUCCCGCUGAGACUGCGGCUCCGGCUCCUGUAGAGAAGUCUCCCGCCAAGAAGAAGACUGCAAAAAAGGCCGGCGCAGCAAAGCGCAAGGCCACUGGCCCCCCGGUGUCCGAGCUCAUAACUAAAGCUGUUUCUGCCUCUAAGGAGCGCGGCGGCGUGUCCCUCCCCGCCCUUAAGAAGGCGCUGGCUGCUGGUGGCUACGAUGUGGAGAAGAACAACAGCCGCAUCAAGCUUGGUCUCAGGAGUCUGGUGAGCAAGGGCACCCUGGUGCAGACCAAAGGUACUGGCGCCUCGGGGUCCUUCAAGCUUAACAAAAAGGUGGCUUCUGGAGAGGCCAAGCCCAAGGCUAAGAAGGCCGGGGCUGCCAAAGCCAAGAAGCCUGCAGGUGCCACCCCAAAAAAGCCUAAGAAGGCUGCGGGGGCAAAGAAGACGGUGAAGAAAACUCCAAAGAAAGCAAAGAAGCCUGCGGCGGCUGGAGUAAAAAAAGUUGCCAAGAGUCCUAAGAAAGCCAAGUCUCCUGCCAAGCCUAAAAAGGCAGCAAAGAGCCCGGCAAAGCCCAAAGCGGUGAAGUCUAAGGCAUCCAAACCUAAGGUUGCCAAACCUAAGACAGCUAAGCCUAAAGCGGCCAAGGCAAAGAAGGCUGUUUCCAAGAAGAAGUAGGUUUGUUUGUGACAGCAACAAAGCCCCAAAGGCUCUUUUCAGAGCCACCCAGAGAGCUCUGUGAAUGCAGCUGUACACACUUUAAGCUUUCCGGGUCCUGUUUGACUCACCUGGGCCAACAAAACGGGACAUUUGCCUGCCAUUGUUUGAGUCCUGUGCUCACAAUCUACAAGAACUUGGAGCCGGUGAAAGUCCCGGCACUGCUGGAAGGGCACAUAGAAGGCGACAACCAAGUAUGCAGAACAGCAGAAGCGCAGCUGCAAGCUGUGGAUGCUGAAGGUCCUGAAGACCCUGAACGCGGGCAUUUUUUUCUGAAGUCAUGGGCCACUCAUCUUGUUCGAGUGCACAAAGACUGCACAACUUUCCACCCUUCCAAGCCAUUUACACUUUUUAUGGAGCGUUUUUACUCAAGUUCUUCCAUUGGAAGCACACAGACACUGAAGUCCUUUGAACGGUUCCCUUUGUUUUAAAGAUAGUGGCACAGACCAGCGCAGACUGACCACCAACUGAAGGCAAUUCUUGCUGAGCCUCAGUGCUGGGGUAGUUAUGUGUAAGAAUGCAGGCACCAUCUUGCCUGGUUGUCAUUAAUUGCACAGGAUUAGAUUUUUCCUUCAUCGACAAUGCAGAUCAUUCCCUUAGAAUUAGCUCUAUGUUUCAUUUCGAUCCAUUUCUGAGUUGCCUUCAGCAAAGAUUUACGAUGCCUUUUACCCCGUCUCAAGGCCUCUUUCCUGAGAGGUUAAAUGAGGAGCGUGAGUGCAUUGCAAAUUCAACACCUUAGGUUAUCUGUAUAUAUUUUCAGAUGUAUGUGAAACAAAUAGAAAGUUAGACAUCAACUAGGUAAUUGGUAGCAUAGUAUUAUUUUUUUUCUUGAGUCAUAAUAGCAUUUCAUAAGUGUGCUGGAAAGACAGGAAAUAGGCAAAGGUAUGUUGCCUCUGAACUCCUUUUUGUAUUGAUAUCACUUCAUGGGAAUGCCAUUCUAUUUAUUUAGUAUUAAAAGAGAACUCUGGCCAGGUGGUGGUGCUGCACAUCUUUAAUCCCAGCAUUUGGGAGGCAGAGGCAGGCGGAUUUCUGAGUUUGAGGCCAGCCUGGUCUACAGAGUGAGUUCCAGGACAGCCAGGGUUACACAGAGAAACCCUGCCUCGAAAAAACAACAAACAAACAAACAAACAAAAGAGAACUCUGGAAAGUGUUGUGAUUCUAUGUGCAAAUAUUUUACUGCUUUGACUUCAUUAUCACUUUCGUUAUUUUAACUUUUAUUCUUAUGUAGGUGUCGAUGUACAGAAUCCCAAGUACACUGUGCAGGGUAGCUUUCUUCCACCUUUGGAUCUGGACAGUGACCCUCUAGUGAUGGUGAUGGGCAACACAGGACGCUUCUGAGUGUUUCGAAUACACUUGGCCAAUGACACACUACAGAGACCUAGAGCGGAGUACAGAAUACCCUAGUGAUGAUAAUCUUGGCCAGUCCUGUUAAUAACUUUAUUUACUUACUGUUGAAGAAAUGAAAACCAAUGAGCUUAAAUGCUGAAUGUGGCUAUAUCUGUCAUAUCUCCUGCUUUUGGGAAUAUGCCCCACCCGUGUGUGUGUGUGUGUGUGUGUGUGUGUGUGUGUGUGUUAUUGGCAGAGUGAGAAGGGCGAGUCCCUCAAGAGAAGAAAGGGAACACUACUUUAGGUGCUGUUUUUUUUUUGUUCCUGCUGCUAGUGUGCCCUGUGUCUGAGGCAUUAAGUUGAUGGCACCAGUGCCAGGGGUGGCCAGUCUCGGCUGCCUUCCCUCUUAAUACCCAUGCUUACCUGCAUCCCUGCUGCUGCCUCUCCCAGAGCUGGCAUUUUCUGGUCCUCGCCAUAACUGUUAUGUGGCAUUUAGCACCCCCCUCCCCACCUUAUUUUUUCCUGUAUUCCAAAAGAAAUUAUGAAAGAGAAAUUGGUUAAAAGAAAUAGAUUCAUUUAUAGUUUGACGCAAAUCAGGUAAAGAACCAAUUUCUUUGCCACUCACUGUGUCUACUGUUUUAUGAGAUAAUGUAAUAAGGGUGGACUCUAGGGAACUAAGAGAGGCUCUUUGGGCCUCUUGUGCAGGUGCACGCCCUUGAGCCCAAGGCACAAAGCCCUGGGUGCCCUUAAACUCUCAGCAAUCCAACUAGGACACAAAAAACCUAAAUCCUGGCUUCUCUAGUGACGAACCUAUAGAUUCAGAGGAACAGAGAGGAACAUCUACAGUUGGGAAAGGCUGGAUAAUCUCUACGGUCAUGCUCGGCUCCCUUGUCUAUCCUCUGCCCUUCUAUGUCUGCCACUGGGAGUGGGGGAGGGUGCUUUGAUAGGGUCUGGUGUGAUCUACAUGAAGUGUGCUCAUAGGUGACACUUCCAGACAGUUAUCUUCUGUUCUAGCGUGGGCGACACUUAGCUAAGAGUUCCUUCAGGACUGAGUUAAGUCUGUUAUUCUAAACUGCUAACUUGUAGUGUUGCAGAAUGCUGUGUGGGACUCUUCAGCUUAGCUCUGAGAGGACAGACAGAGGACACAGUAAGUCAGAGGUUGGCAAUAAAACAGGGAAGAGAAACAGACAAGGCAGGGAAGAGGGAGGGGCAGAGUAGGAGGAGACACAAUGGAAAGGGAGUGACUCUGGGUUUCCCAGGUGGCUCAGGAGAGGCCCGCUUCAUGAAGCAGACUCAUGCCUCUCCGCUUCUUUGCCGGAGUUGUUCUUGAGGAUAGACUUGGACCAACCCAUGUCUCAACAUUUCUUAAAAGCAUGUGGAGCUGAGUUAAACUGAGUUUGGUAUCUCUGGGUCCCAGGACAGAAGAGCAGGGACAUGUGACAUUUGGAAGGCUGAUAGAAUCAUUCUGCAAUAAUUGAGAGAAAUCCAGACACAUUGUCUGACUCUUCUGACUAGACUGCUUUGGCCAGUGUAUCAGCCCUUAGAUUCCAGAUAGCAUUUAAAAUGUGUUGUGCAGUAAUAAAAUUCUUUCCCAGAAAGACAAUUAUAGAAAGCCUAAGGUUGGGUCAGGUUCACCUGCUGCAGACAGGCCUGUUACUAGAAUGGCAGAGAGGGGGACAGGAACAGGAGAACCACACAUUUCUUUCUUGCCUUUGGAUGACACUCCUGAGAACAAUGAGAAGCUGACAGCCUUUCCAUUUCAAAGCUUUGGGUGGAGAGUGCAUUCAUCAACCUUGGAACUUAUGGCCUGAGUUCCUGGGAAGCUCUUAAAAUGCAGCACAGACUUUUUUUUUUUUUAAUUUUUAUGGUCUGGGAGUCAAGCUCUUUUUAUCUUGACCUCUAAGUCUUGUCCAAAAUAGGUGUUUUUGACUCCAGCCAUUCAAAGACAAAACUAUUAUAAAGAAUGAACAAAAAGAGUGCUCCUAUUACAUGGGGCUGUAGAGAGAUGGCUCAGUAGUUUAGAGCAGACACUGCUCGAGCAGAGGAUCCAAAUUCAGUUUCCAGUAUUCCCAUCAGCCAGCAAGCACACAUCUGUAACUCCAGUUCCAGCAGGGAUCUGAUGACUCUGGCUGCCAAGGAUAUACACACAUGUGUGGAUACACACACACACAUACACACACACACACAAUUGUAAAAUAAAAACUCUGAAAGGGAUUUAUAUUUUUUAUUUUAUAUUCAUAAGUGUUUCCGCCAGCAUACAUAAUACAUAUACAUACAUAUACAUAAGUGUAUGUAUGUGGACUUGUGUAUGUAUGUAUGUAGUACCUGUGGAAGCCAGAAGGGGGAGACAGAUCCUCCCAAACUGGAGCUAAAGAUGGCUGUGGGCCACUCUGUAGAUUUUGGGAAUUGAAACCAGGGUUGUAUGCAAGAUUAGCAAGUGUUCUUAACUAUGAUGCUAGCUGUUCAGCCCCAAGUGUUUCUUAAAAUGUGGUGUUUGGGAGCCUUUCACCUAAAUCCUGGCUGGAAUUCAGCCACACUAAUACCCCAUGUGGCUGUAAGACAGACCAGGAAACUACUGAACUCUGUAAAUUUCCCAGGGAGAACAAAGACUCAGUGAUCCUACAACUCCACUCAGGAUCAAGACUAAGGGCUUGGAGUGUAAGAAGUAAAAGAAGGGGAAAUACACAUGAGAAAAUGAGAGCAUGGUCAACUGCUUUAGAGAUGAUGCCCCUGGGUGGGUGGCCGUAGGCCCCUCCUGCCUGUAGAGAGUCCUGGGUGAGCAAUCUAUGGACUCCAGACCCCUCACCUCUUCAACCAGCCACAGUUGAGGUUACUGUGAACGGAUUGAAGCCUGGGGAUCAGAACUGGCCAGCUUGGUGUACAGAAGACAUCAGUGAGUAUGUGGUGAUUAGGUAAAUGGUCAUACAGUGAGAGGACCGUGACUGGACAGAACAACAUGGACAUAGCUUGGCAUGGAUGGAUGCUGGGUGGAUUGCUGGGUGCUGGGUAGAUAAUGGAUGGAACUGUUGUUUGGGUUUGGUGUGAUUGGCUUACAAUUGUCCCUGUGUUAGGAAUUUGCCCCCACCCCCCAGUAUGGUUAUAUGGGAGGCAGUCCAGACGUCUAGCAUGCAGGACCUUUUGGGAAGCUCGUAGGUCACUGUGGGCCAUGAUCUUGGAAGUGUGAAAGUAGUUGUGGAAAGCUCUAAGAUAAUUCUGAAGAAAGGCUAACUUUCCAUUGCCUCGCUUGUUUGAAGAAGUGAUUUUUUCCCCCACAGGUUCUUCAGCCAUUUCUAAUGGGACCUUCACUAUCAUUAGACUUUAAGUAUCUAAUACUGUGAGCCCGUUAAACCUCUUUUCUUUACAGAUAGCCUGCGUCAGGUAUUUUAUUGCCAUUAAUAAAGACUGAGAAAAAGAAAUGGAAAUACAAGUCAAUGUGAGAAGUGUGGAAGUUCUAAGAAUAGUGUGAUGGUUUGUAUAAGCUUGGCCCAGGGAGUGGCGCUAUUUGGAAGUGUGGCCUUAUUGGAGUAGGUAUGGCCUUGUUGGAGUAGGUGUGGCACUGUGGUAUAGGUGUGGCACUGUGGUAUAGGUGUGGUCUUGUUGGAGUAGGUGUGGCCUUGUUGGGUAGGUGUGGUCUUGUUGGAGUAGCUGUGGCCUUAUUGGAAUAGGUGUGGCCUUAUUGGAGUAGGUGUGGCACUGUGGUGUAUGUGUGGUCUUGUUGUGGUAGGUGUGGCCUUGUUGGAAUAGGUGUGGCACUGUGGUGUAGGUGUGGCCUGUUGGGAGUAGGUGUGGUCUUGUUGGAGUAGGUGUGGCCUUGUUGGAGUAGGUGUAUCACUGUGGGUGUUGGCUUGAAGACCCUACUCGUAACUGUCCGGAAGGGAGUCUUGCACUAGCCACCUUCAUAUGAAGACAGAACUCUCAGCUCCUCCUGUACCAUGCCUGCCUGGAUGCUGCCAUGCUCCCAUCUUGAUCAUGGACUAAACCUCUGAACUUAUAAACCAGCCCUAAUUAAAUGUUGCCUUUUAUAAAACUUGCCUUGGUCAUGGUGUCCAUUCAGUUGACAGCAUGAAAACCCCCUAUCUAUGGCAAAUAGGCAAGUGACCAAGUGUGGUUUCUGAUCAUAAGGAAAGUCUCCUUGGCAGACCUUCUACUUCCUGUUUUCCAGUUCUCCUCUCUCUUCAGGACCCGCCUCAAACCUUACAUGUGUGAGUUCGCGAUCCCUGCAGCACCACGUGGGCGCCCUAAGCAGACCUUCCCUUGCAUCUGCUUAUUUCUGUCUCAGCUCUUGUCACUUUCCUCUCAGACACUGCAGCAUCCACCUUCGUCUUCAGACUGUCAGCUGCAGGAGGAUGUGACUACAUGAUCCCACUGCUGACUUCUGAGUGUGACUCUAAGGACGUGCUCAGUACGUGUUGAAAUGGGAAGUGUAAAAGUUAGAAACGAUGGGAGAUGAGAGACAGGGAAAGAAAAUGCUUACUUCUUAUAGUGGGAAGACGUCCCCCAUUUUCACUGGUAUUCGGACACUUGUUCUCUGUUGCUGAUGCUCUUUGGAGAGGUUUUGAAGGUGAGGCCUUGCUGGGAACGUUGUGGCAAACUGAAAUUCUUCCUCUACAAGAACAUUAUAUGCUUUUUUUUUUUUUUUUUUUUUUUUUUUUUGGUUUUUUGAGACAGGGUUUCUCUGUGUAGCCUGACUGACCUGGAAUUUACUCUGUAGACCAGGCUGGCCUCGAACUCAGAAAUCCACCUGCCUCUGCCUCCCAAGUGCUGGGAUUACAGGUGUGCGCCACCACACCCGGCCAUUAUAUGCUUUUAAUCAACCAUUGACUCUUCUCUCCAGGCCCUGUUGUUUGUAUUUGAGACUGGCGGGCCUGCCAAGCACAAUUCUCCUGCCUCAGGGCCCUGAAUGCUGGGAAUGUAAUUAUGUGACACAAUGCCCAGUUCCAUUAUUAUUGAUUUAUUUAAUCAUUUGUUGUAUACUGAUUUUCAAUGAAGAAAAUAUUCACUCUUACAGUCCUUCCCCAUAUCUUGACCACAUUCUAUAUCAACAAUUUUAGUUAAAAAAUAUGUUGAGUUUACAUUAUUUUGAUUAUUUUGUGUUCUGGUCUGGGUAACAUGAUAAUUAAAUCUCCCUUUUGUGGUGGUUUGAAGAAGAAUGGCUCCCAUAGGCUCAUAUAUUUGAGCGUUUGGUUCUUAGUUGAUGAACCUGUUUUGGGAAGGAUUAGGAGAUAUGGGCUUGGAAGGGGUGUAUCAUUGGGCAUGGGUUUUGAGGAAUCAUAUUUUCUCUCUCCCCUCUCUCUGACUUUGUCUCUCUGUGUGUAUGUGUGUCUCUGUCUGUCUCUCUGUCUGUCUCCCCCUUGUUGGUUAGAGGUGCAUGAGCUCUCCGCUUCUCCCCCAGGGCCACACCUCUCUGCUUGCUGCUAUGUUCCCCACUAUUCUGGUCAUGGGCUCCUCCUCUGAAAUUGCAAGCAAGCCUCCAGUGCCUUCCAGCAGAGCUGCAUAGCACUGUGUUUAAAGGACGUCAAGGAACUUCUGGGCCAUUCUUGUGGUUCCUGAUCAUGUUCAGAAGGACUGCAUUUGGAAUCACCUUGGAGCCUGCUCCGUGUGUGUCUGAGAUCGGGUUUCUACCAUCUGACUGAGGAGGAAAGUCACACCUGGGAUGUGGGUUGUACCAACCCAAGCUUGGUCUGAAUCAUUGAAUAAAACUAAACACAAGAAAACAA